GGUCCGAGGAUUGUUUGAUGUACUUAUAGGGCAACAGUUGUCUUGCAAAACAUUUGUUGCAGUCUGACUAGCAACUUCCUUCCGAAAAGCCAAAUGCCGCGUUUCACGCUCGUGCUCGCAUGCACGCUCCUCUGCGCGACUUUUGCCAGUUGCCAGUCUGCAAGCCGCUGUAAAGCCUUUCCAGGAGAUGAGGCAUGGCCAUCUGAAUCUGAAUGGGAUGUCUUCAACACAACAGUAGGCGGGCGCCUAAUCGCGACUGUGCCGCUCGGGGCGCCGUGCCACGGAUCGGAUUUUGACGCCACUACCUGUAACGAUCUAAAGAGCCAGUGGCAGUAUGAGGAAAUUCACUACAACUCCUCCUCAUCUGUAAUGGCGCCGAUCUUCGCCAAUCAGAGCUGUGAUCCUUUCCAGCCUCGAGAGCGCCCGUGUGAGCUCGGCAAUUACGUGCGAUAUGCUGUGGAUGCCUCUGGAGCUUCGGACGUGCGACUAGCAAUUGCGUUUGCUGCUUUGAAGAAUCUUCGUCUCGUAGUUCGCAACACUGGCCACGACUAUCUUGGUCGCUCUACUGGGGCGGGCUCAUUGGCCGUAUGGACACACCACCUCAAAAACAUCGAUUUGAUCCAAAGUUACAACAGCUCAGAAUACAGCGGCCCAGCCUUCAAGAUCGGCGCUGGUGUUCAAGGAUUUGAGAUUAUGGCUGCUGCACGAGACAAUGGAUUGGUUGUCGUCGGUGGGGAGUGCCCUACAGUCGGCAUCGCUGGUGGAUAUACUCAAGGAGGCGGACAUUCGGCAUUGAGUACUAGCUUUGGCCUCUCUGCUGACAAUGUUCUCAACUGGGAGGUCGUGACAGCAACUGGUCGGCUAGUAAACGCCAACAAGAAAGAGAACCCCGACCUCUACUGGGCCUUGAACGGCGGCGGCGGUAGCACGUACGGCAUUGUGGUGUCCAUGACUGUGAAGACCUACAAAGAUACCGUUAUCAGUGGCGCAUCUUUGUCAUUCUUCACUACAGACAACUCGCAGAUUGUGUUUUACGAUGCGAUUCAGGCGUUCCACGAGGAGUUGCCCGCCAUGGUGGAUGCGGGAACUAUGGUCGUUCACUACUUUACAGACUCGUUCUUCUCCAUUUCGCCCAUCAACGCUUACAACAAAACUGCAACCCAAGUCAAAGCCAUCCUCGCACCUUUUGUCAGCAGACUCGAUUCUAAAGGCAUCAAUUACACCACCUCCUAUACCGAGUACAAGACCUACUAUGAGCAUUACGACAAGUACUACGGUCCCCUUCCUCUUGGAAAUAUCAAAAUAGGUACCGCACAGUACGGGGCUCGUUUCAUACCACGCAGUGUUGUGAGUAAUAUCACUGAAACCUGGAAAGCCGUUGUGGAAAAAGGGGUGACUUGGAUUGGCGUCGGGACAAACGUUAAGCCCUUUGGUUCUCACAAUACAACCUCGGUUCACCCAGCAUGGCGAGACACCAUUGUGCAUGCGACUUUGACACUUCCUUGGAAUUUCACUGCCCCAUGGUCGGAGGGAAUCGCAACCCAGGAGAAAAUGACGAAAGAAAUCAUUCCCCUUAUUGAGGCUGCAACCCCUGGGAGCGGUGCAUACGCCAACGAGGGUGACUGGCGCCAACCUAACUUCCAGACAACGUUCUGGGGUUCAAACUACAACAAGUUGCUGAGUAUCAAAAAGAAAUGGGAUCCUCUUGAUCUCUUCUAUGCCACGGUCGGUGUUGGCAGCGAGGCGUGGACUGUUCACGAUGAUGGACGUAUGUGCCGGGCGGGAUGAGGUUUGUAUAGUGUUGCUCUAUGUAGUUGAUCACUUUGUAGUGAUAUGGCUGGGACGUGAUUCAUCCGGUUCUAGUCGCCUCGAUACUAGAACUCAAGCUAAAAAAAAUGUCAAUCAAAGUCUUGUUGUAGAAUCCAAGGCUGUAUAUAAG